AUGCCCUGGAUUAGCCAUCGUCUGGCAGAACACCCCCGUAGCACAUAUUCCACCCGCGGCCUUAACCCUCCUCAUCUCCCCGCGGUUUUCCUCCGCAGCCGCUCCCCUGUGAGAGCACUGCUCCUCGUUCUCCUCCUCGCCUCCCGCCGUCGCGUCCAGCUGUGGCCCUCGCAGGGCGCGCUCGCUGGCGCUCACCUGACAGGUCCCUGGCCUCAGGACGACAGCCAGCAACAACACGUUCCCUACAUGAGGGACAAGGCGACCCAGACCCCCAGGGCCUGGGCAGAUGAGAGGAGGAGGGGCUCUCACAAGCGAUCGGCCUCCUGCGGGAGCACCGACCAGCUCAAAGAGAUCGCCAAAUUGCGUCAGCAGCUUCAGCGCAGCAAACGCAGCAGCCGCCAUCGAAGGGAGAAAGAGCGCAAGUCCCCGUUCAAUGGCAGCCACACCAUCAUCCAGUCACAGACUUCGAUGCCUAAGACCAUCCUGAUCCCCAUCCCCAUAUCCAAGUCAUCGGCUCCUCGUUUCCGGAACAGCGUUGAGGGCCUCAACCAGGAGAUUGAGCGCAUAAUCAUCCGAGACACCCCCGAGAAGGAAGAGACCAUCGUUCCCCAGGACGUCCCAGAUGGACACCGCGCACCCCCACCCGUGGCGCCGCAGCGCAGCAGCAGCACUCGCAGCAUCGACACGCAGACCCCGUCGGGGGGCGGUCUGAGCGGUAACCACAGCAACUGCAGCAGCCGGCCAGACUCCAUUUCUCCCUCCUACCUCACAGUCCUCAACGACACAGCUGGGGGAAGCCCCUACGAGGAUAAAGAGCUCAGCCCCUGCUCCCCCCUGCCAAAAUAUGCCGCCUCGCCCAGACCCAACAACAGCUACACCUUUAAGAGGGAGCCUCCAGAGGGCUGUGAGAAGGUCAAAGUGAUCGAGGAGUCUCUGGUCAAACCUCUGCAGGAGAUCCCCCCCUUCCUGUGUCCCGACCGUAACAAGGUCAACUUCAUCCCCAACAGCGGUUCUGCCUUCUGCUUCGUCAGCAUCCUCAAGCCCUUACACCCCGGCCCGGACCUUAGCUUUCGCCCGGGCCUCCGAAGCCUGUCCCCGUCUCUCGUGCCUCUGUCCACCCAGCCCUGCCUCCUGGAGGAGCCGGAGAGCUUCUGAGUGCCCCCCCCUUACAUUGGCCGGCCUUGAAUCAACACUCCGCCAACAACAAAAUCAGAAAUCAUCAGAGUAAACACCCUUCUUUCUUUGAAAAAUAAUAAUAAUGAUGCCUUCAGCAUGCCAGCGAAGCUUUCUGAUGUCCUUAUCGAAAAGCGCUUCCCACUGCCUCCUCCUCCUCCUCUUCCUCCUCCUCCUCGGAUGACUGCAGCCCCCUUUCGUCGCUUUCUUCUAUCUUUAUUGCCGGUCACAUCCCUGCUUUUUCAGGAGGAAAAACGGUGAAAGGACUUUUGAUUUGUCGUUUAUACCAUGGCGCCUUUCCACAGACAUCUCUUUUUCUAUCUGUACUUAUGUCUCUUGAUAUCGAUUAUGCCUUCCAUUUAAAAAAAAAAAGAAAAAGGGGGGGGCUGGUUUCCUUGGCGACCACAGAGCUAAUUUUGGUGCUGUCGGAUGAAUCGUAGCAAAACUUGAAGGACAACGUGCCUGAUCUUUUAGUCCGCUCGGUUUCCUGAAACCGUCAUAAUGCCGGGAUCGUGUUCUAGUGUCGGAUCUUUGCGUUUUGGCGGCCGCAGAUACGCGCAGCAAGGCGGCAGCGGGCUUGAUGAAGCUUGUUGCAGUAUCUGCUGCCCUGCUGGGGUGUAUCUGUGGGAAACGCAGGCCAGGGCUAUGAUAUUUGCAGCCUAUUCCACUCCUCCUUAACUGCCCCCCUCUGUUGCUCCUCCAUCACACCCAGCUCUGCCUCUCCUCCCACCCCGAUCCAUUUCCUCGCAUUUUUUAGCGAGCGUCACUCUUAACCACUCGCAAACUUAGAUUUAACAGUUUUUCACUGCUAAUACCUUUUUUAUGCUAAAUUUUCUCUAAUUUUGUUUUCUAUUUACACACGACUUCAAAAUCGAGUACAACUACAUUUUGAGGAUAUUUAGGGCAGGCAAAAGUCCAAACAAAUGUGGUGCAUGAUGGGAAAUGAGUCUCCCUGUAGCUUAAAACUACUAAAUAAGAUGUGUAUUUAAUACAAUUUUCAUUUAUAAAAAGCAAAAAGACAUUUAAUGAACCAAUGUGUCACAAAAAAAUAAUGCAGUGGGAGGUGGCUGUCUAUAUUGAAAAUCUAGGACAAUCCCACAUGUAACCAGCAGGGGGCAUAUUACGUUAGAACUUCCAGGUUUAAACAUUUUUUUUGUUUUUUUUUACUUAACUGGGGUAAAAAAAGAAGAAAAAUGCAGUAGUCAUGAAAUGUUACACGAAACAAAUGAAGAGGAUUGCCUAAAUCCAAUAUCUUUUGUUUAAAAGGCUAAUAGCAAGGUAGGCUCUUUUAAAAAAAUUAUUUAAAGUAAAUGUUUUGUCGCAGUAAUUGGUUAGAAUUCUAUCAGAAAAGCUUUGAAAUCUACAGAUUUGUUCCUGCAGUGUGAGAUCAAUAAUUAACCAGAUACAUUUUUUUCAGUCAAGGCAUAACAAACAAGGGAACAUCAAAAUAAAAACUUACAUUUCCUCAUGAUUGGAUUAAAAAAUAAUGUACAAAAAAAAAGAAAGUAAUUUAUUUUACUUUUUAAAAAAAAUUUGGCAAGCAGUUUGUCGUUCCCUGAGAUCACGCAAGUGACUACAUGAAUUGCGAUUACAAAAUAAAAGCCUGACUUGUCAAGUGUAAAAUGAGCUUUUUCUUUUCAAAAUAAAAGUGGCUCGAAAAAGAAGUGAUGGAAAUAAAUGUAAAAAUUUAAAUUAUAUUUAAAAUAACAGCUAACGGAUUCCGACCGUGUAUUCAGAGUAGUCAUUAGUGACUUGUACCAAACACUGUCAGAUGAAUGAAUUUAUCAGUUACAAGAUAACAGGAUAAUAACCACCAGCUACGACAAACUCCAACCUCCUGUAUGUAAAAUAAGAUUUUCCUAACAGUUUCCUGAUUUUUCUAAAGACUUAUUUUGGGGGUUAAUUUUCAUUUUUUUAAGCGUGACGAUCCUACCCUGUAGUUUGUCGCAACCUUCCCAUGGUACGUCCCCGACCAGAAAACAACGUUGUGCCAGAAUUACGGGGGGAGGGGGGGAUGUGUGAUGUCGCCUGCAGGUUGGCGGCCUCUCCGACCCCGCAGCCGUCCUAAUGUAUUUCCUGUAGAUGUCAUUAUUACUCGACCGUGCCUGCUACUGUGGGAUAGGAAUGUACCGGAUGUGUAAAUAGAGGCACAAAGACAUGCAUUUGAAUGAGUCUGCAGUGGUAACAUGUGACCCUCCUCCGCUCAGUACUGUGAAUAAUUAACUAUACGUGGCAUAUAUGUGAUCAAGGACGUAUUGAUGUAUCAGACAGGAGUGUUAGUGGGUCUUCAGAGUUUUUAACCAGACAAAACAUCUUCCAUCUCAGGUUGUAGUGAGUAGGACACAAAGAGAUUUAUGGAUUUCUAAGUUGACUUGCAUAUCUACAAUACUGACCAGGAUGUAGCCUCACAGUGGCUGAUUUGAUUCUCGUAGCAAAGUAGAAGUAGAGAAGUGUGGAUGUCUUUUGUUUAGUGUCUUCAGACGACAUGAAAAGUGUGUACAAAGCUAUGGAACAUCGGAGUAUUGUUCAGGAACACUGUAAAAGAACAUGUCUACUGAAGCAGGUUGACACACGAGGGUGCAUUUACUCACCAUUCUGUCUUUUAAAACGUGUACAAAACAGCAUUUUGGAGCGACAAUUCCUUUGUUUGACUGUCCAGUUUAUUGGAAAAACCAGACUGCCAAGUUCUUAUACACCCUUCUGAGUGAGAAAAUAGGCAUAACUGAAGUAAAUAAAGCAUCUUUGAUUGAC